CCGUGUUUUCCUGCGCGCCAUUAUUAAGCGCUAUCUAGCGCAUAGGAAGAAUCUGUCUAAAUGAAAUAACAGGACAUAAUAAGAAAUCGGCGAAAAUAAGGGUACAGGGGAAAAACGUUUAGCAUUAUUUUGAAUAGUCAGAAUAUGAGAAGACACCUCGGAUGGAGUUAUUUCAGCCGCAUUUCUGUGCUGCAUAUGAGGUGUCUUUCAUUAGCGAUGCUGCGUCUGCGGACCGUUAUAUUUUAGGCUGACUGGUUGUGUAGCAGUCUACUCGUGCAAUACACCGCUCAAAACAUCUCACAAUUAUUUUUCCUACACGUGGAGGAUCAAAACUGCACAGAGAAUGCUUAAACAUGGGAUAGGCCUAUGCGUUUUAUGUGGUCAGUAUUUAUCUGAAACGAUUUUGAAGAUCCGCGGUCAGAGACAGACAGCGGCUCAGUACGCAGUCCUUCUCAAUCGCGUCAUAGCCCACUUCUGCUGAAUGCAAAGAAAGACAGACUUGAGACUCUUUAAAUAUUUAAGGAUAUGGACUCUUCAAAACUGAAGAUCUGCUAGUCUCUUUGUCUAACAUCUUCUAUGCAUGAUCUUCUAUCAAUACAUUUUAAACAGAGAAGUCACGGAUGAGAGCCCAUGACCAGGCUCCAAAAUUACCCCGAACGAGGACGCAGCCUAAAAAUUGCUCCAAUACGAAAUGCACCAGCUUCUCCAGGUGGAAUGUCGUCUACGGUAUAUAUAUUUUAAAAAUGCCUUCAUAAACACAAAUCUACAUUGAACCUUAUUGCGCAUCGCAAAGAGGAGGACUCCUGAAUUUGUCCUGAAUCAUUCCAAAAACACUGCUAUUUGGAUCCCGGACAUCAACAACUUUAAUGGCUUUUGUGUUCAGACGAUGGAGAGUGUUAUUGGUGCUGAACGUGAUUGCGGUUGCGGGGUUCAUGACACUUUGGACCAAGUGCACCCACAACCGAGUGACAAAAACCAUCGGUCAGGAAGAUGUGAAAAGACAAUCACGCUCUAACGGCACGGCUCAAGGUUUGAGCAUCAGUCAUGAAGUAUUACUAAAGAGACUCGGGUCAUUGGAGGACGUGGUCUACAGACAGCUUAAUGGUCUGUCCAAGUCCCUGGGGCUGAUUGAGGGUUUCGUGGGGCGAGGUAAAGGGGGCCUCCCCGCCACCCUAGCCCCAAAAGAAGAGGACGACGCAAAAGUACUGAGGGAGAAGUAUGGAUACAACGCUUACCUCAGCCAAAAGAUAUCACUGGAUCGGUCCAUACCAGACUACCGGCCCAGCAAGUGUAAAAAGACCAGCUUCCCCAGGGAUCUUCCAAACAUCUCCCUUAUCUUUAUCUUUGUCAACGAGGCGUUGUCAGUAAUCCUCCGCUCGGUCCACUCAGCUGUCAAUCACACACCGGCUCACCUCCUCAAAGAGAUCAUCUUGGUGGACGACUACAGCGAUGAUGAACAACUGAAAGGACCAUUGGAGGAUUAUGUAAACAAGCGUUACCCAGGCCUGGUGAAAAUCGUGAGGAACCAGAAGCGUGAGGGACUGAUCCGUGCCCGCAUCGAGGGCUGGAAGGCAGCCAGUGGUGAGGUGACUGGAUUUUUCGAUGCCCACGUUGAGUUCACACCCUCCUGGGCUGAGCCGGUUCUGACCAGAAUCAAAGAGGACCACAAGAGGAUCAUCCUGCCCUCCAUCGAUAACAUCAAGCAUGAGACGUUUGAGCUGGAGCGCUACGAGAACUCUGGCCAUGGCUACAACUGGGAGCUGUGGUGCAUGUACAUCAACCCCCCCAAACAGUGGUGGGAUGACGGGGACACCUCCGCACCCAUUAGAACUCCUGCAAUGAUUGGUUGCUCCUUUGUGGUGAACCGGGAAUACUUUGGGCACCUGGGGCUGCUGGACUCUGGCAUGGACGUCUACGGAGGAGAGAACAUCGAACUGGGGAUCAAGGUGUGGCUGUGUGGGGGCAGUAUGGAGGUGCUGCCCUGCUCCAGGGUGGCUCACAUCGCCAGGAUGAAGAAGCCCUACCACAGCAACAUAGCCUCCAGCACGCGGCGUAAUGCCCUGCGCGUGGCCGAGGUCUGGAUGGACCAGUUUAAGUCGCAUGUCUACCUGGCCUGGAACAUCCCAAUGGAGAACCAUGGGAUAGACUAUGGGGACAUCUCUCAGAGGGUAGCAUUGAGGAAAUCUCUGCAAUGUAAGAACUUUGAGUGGUACCUGGACAACGUCUAUCCAGAGAUGAGGAGGUACAACAACACCGUCUUUUACGGGGAGAUUCGUAGUAGCAAAGCGACCCAUCUGUGUAUGGACCAGGGAGAGAAGGUGAACCACACGGCCACCCUGCACCCCUGUCACGGAAUGGGACCCCAGUUGGGUCGGUACACCAAGGAGGGACAGUUUUUCCUUGGCGCUCUGGGCAGUACAGGGGAGGAAACACGCUGUCUGAUGGACGACCAGGUCUCCAAUUUCCCUCAGCUCCUCAACUGUGACAAAGUCUCGAACACCAGGCUGACCACAUGGCACUUCUCUCAGAAUGACUCAAUCAUCAACAGAGCCACGGGCCGCUGUCUGGAGGUGAUACAGGCGAACGCUUACUUCGGACACUCGCUGGUGCUUCAGACCUGCUCCGGACAGAAGUGGAACAUCAAAAACACAAUGAAGCAGUAGCCACAGCAUGAUGCAGAAUUCUUCUUUGACCAAGAUAGUGUUAUUGUACUGAAUUGAAUCAGUUGGCAUACUGUAUUAUUAAAAUUCUUCAGUUGG